GGCGGGGAGCGGUAGCAGCAGACAGCGGCGCACGGCGUCGGUAGCGGUCGGCUCUGGCGCGGCGUCUCAUCCACCCCCUCGUGAGCCUGGGGAACCUGCAGCUCAAAGCCGCCGCCAGCCACGCCACCAUGUACCCCGGCAACAAGCGGAAAAAGCUCUGGCGGGAGGAGAAAGAGCGUUUGCUGAAGAUGACCUUGGAAGAAAGACGCAAAGAGUACUUAAGGGAUUAUGUUGCAUUGAAAAAUAUUCCAACGUGGAUGGAAGACUUAAAAAGUAAGAGCGAAAGUGAUGGUGAAAAUGCUAAAGAAGAUCUGCAAGGGAAGAAAAGUCUGAGCGAGAAAGUUUCUCUCUAUAGAGGUGACAUUACAGUGCUUGAGGUUGAUGCCAUCGUUAAUGCUGCUAAUUCGAGCCUUCUUGGAGGUGGAGGAGUGGAUGGCUGUAUACACAGAGCUGCUGGGCCCUGCUUAGUUGCUGAAUGUCGCAACCUGAGUGGCUGUGAGACUGGACAAGCAAAAAUUACGUGUGGAUAUGACCUACCUGCAAAAUAUGUGAUCCAUACUGUUGGGCCGAUCGCAAGAGGCCAUCUCACCGACACUCAUAAAGAAAACUUGGCAAAUUGCUAUAAAUCCUCUCUGAAACUGGCAAAAGAAAACAAUAUCAGAUCAAUUGCAUUUCCCUGUAUUUCAACAGGAAUUUAUGGUUUUCCAAAUGAGCCUGCUGCUGUCAUUGCCCUUAACACUAUUAAGGAAUGGUUAAGGAAGAAUCACAAUGAGGUGGAUCGUAUCAUCUUCUGCGUCUUUUUGGAGGUUGACUACAAAAUUUUCAAGAAGAAAAUGGGCGAGUUUUUCCCUCUAGAUGAUGCUAAUGAAGAAGGGACUGAGCUGAGUGAAGAGACAGAAGGAUUGGAACAAAAAGGCCAGCCUGCAUCUCCCACAAAGAGCAAAGCAGAGCAGCCUGAGGACCUGCAGAAUGAUGCUGAAGGUGGUAAUGGCACAGAGGAGAAGCAAAACACCGAAGAAAUGGAGGCCCAGAGCCGAGAAGCAGAUGAGACGAAACCUUCAGCUGUAGCCAGCCUAUCAUCAUCAGAAGAAACAGAACUGAGUGAGGAUAAAGACUCGCUGAAGGACUCCAAAGGCGCACAGGAGAGUGACCCAGUGCAUCCUGUGGGGUGUGAACAAGAGCAAGCCAAAGGACAACAGGGUGUUUCUGCAGAGGAGGAGAUGAAAACUGGGGCAGAUUCCCAAAGCUCCUGCAUGGAAAUAGAAGAGCCAUUGUUGAACCAGGAAGAUGCAACAGAAGUUGAGAUACCUUUGAUUCAUGAUGCAGAGGAAAAAGAAGAAGGAGGAAACGAAGAACAAGAAGGAGGAGGGAUGGAAGGGAAAGAGGAAACUUCUGUGGAGCCUGUGAAAGUUGACCUCGCAUGUGAAGCAGCAGACGUUUCAAAUAAGGAUGCUGAAAUGAACAGUCAAGUUGAAAGUAUAAAUGAUCCUACGGAAACAGAGCGGGAAGCUUAAGUAACAGCAAAGGAAGGAUACAGGAGAAGAGAGACCCGAGGAAACCCGACGGGCAGGCGCUGACAUCCUACAGCAUCAUUCUUGGCAGAAAAGAGCACGCAGAGAUGCUCUGCGGGU